GGACGACCCUGCUGUCCCGAAACUGCCCCUCUCUCUCUCCCUUCGUCGCCUCCAAAACCACCCUCUUCCUCCGCCUUCCUCCUCACUCACAGACCAGGCCACCUGCACGCACCAAUGUCCGAUUCGCCCAACCCUGGCUCCGGGGACCUCCCCGGGGGCGCCGGGAGCUCGCCGGAGAAGCCGUGCCCCGCGGAUCGGCGCGUCGCGGCGCUCACCGGCGCCGGCGCCAGGUACAAGGCGAUGUCCCCCGCGCGGCUGCCGAUCUCGCGCGAGCCCUGCCUCACCAUCCCCGCCGGCUUCAGCCCCUCCGCCCUACUCGAGUCCCCCGUGCUGCUCACCAACUUCAAGGUUGAACCCUCACCUACAACUGGUAGUCUAGGCAUGGCUGCAAUCAUGCACAAGAGCGCUCAUCCAGACAUUCUGCCUUCGCCACGGGAUAAAUCUGUUCUUAGUGCACAUGAAGAUGGAGGUUCUAGGGAUUUUGAAUUCAAGCCUCAUCUCAAUUCGUCUUCUCAAUCAAUGGCUCCUGCUAUGAGUGAUCUGAAAAACCAUGAGCACUCUAUGCAAAAUCAAAGUACGAAUCCCAGCUCAUCUAGCAACAUGGUGAUUGAAUACAGACCUCCCUGUUCACGUGAGUCAACGCUCGCAGUGAAUGUUUCAAGUGCUCAGGACCAACUUGGUUUGACAGACAGCAUGCCUGUUGAUGUUGGUACAUCUGAAUUGCAUCAGAUGAAUAACUCUGAGAAUGCCAUGCAAGAGCCACAGUCUGAACAUGCAACUGAAAAGUCGGCAGAAGAUGGCUACAACUGGCGCAAAUAUGGACAGAAGCAUGUCAAGGGAAGUGAAAACCCUAGAAGUUAUUACAAGUGCACACAUCCUAAUUGUGAAGUAAAAAAGCUAUUGGAGCGUGCGGCUGAUGGUCAGAUUACUGAAGUUGUAUAUAAAGGGCGUCACAACCAUCCUAAACCCCAGCCAAAUAGGAGGUUGGCUGGUGGUGCAGUUCCUUCAAACCAGGGUGAAGACCGAAAUGAUGGUCUGGCAGCUAUUGAUGACAAGUCUUCAAAUGUCCUUAGCAUACUUGGUAAUCCAGUACAUUCGACUGGUAUGGCUGAGCCUGUUCCAGGUUCAGCUAGUGAUGAUGACAUCGAUGCUGGAGCUGGAAGACCCUACCCUGGGGAUGAUGCUACCGAGGAUGACGAUUUAGAGUCUAAACGCAGGAAAAUGGAGUCUGCUGGUAUUGAUGCUGCUCUGAUGGGUAAACCUAACCGUGAGCCUCGCGUUGUUGUCCAAACUGUAAGUGAGGUUGACAUCUUGGAUGAUGGGUAUCGUUGGCGCAAAUAUGGACAAAAAGUCGUCAAAGGGAACCCCAAUCCACGGAGUUACUACAAGUGCACAAGCACAGGAUGCCCUGUCAGGAAGCAUGUUGAGAGGGCAUCUCACGACCCUAAAUCAGUGAUAACAACAUACGAAGGAAAACAUAACCAUGAAGUCCCUGCUGCCAGGAAUGCAAGCCAUGAGAUGCCCGCACCUCCCAUGAAGAACGCUGUGCAUCCGAUUAACAGCAAUAUGCCCAGCAGCAUUGGGGGCAUGAUGAGAGCAUGUGAAGCCAGGAAUUUUACCAACCAAUAUUCUCAAGCGUCCGAAACUGAAACUAUUAGUCUUGACCUUGGCGUUGGAAUCAGCCCGAACCACAGGGAGGCCACAAACCAAAUUCAGUCCUCCGUUCCUGAUCAGAUGCAGUAUCAGAUGCAACCCAUGGCUUCAGUGUACGGUAACAUGAGACUUCCAGCAAUGGCAAUGCCGACAGUUCAAGGACAUGCAGCUGGCAGCAUAUAUGGUUCCAGAGAAGAAAAAGGGAACGAAGGGUUUACUUUCAAAGCGACUCCCAUGGACCAUUCAGCUAACUUGUGCUAUAGCGGUGCUGGAAUUUAGUCACGUGUGCAUGAGAGUGUUUACCAAUGCUUAUAGCUCCAAGAAUCAUAUAUUACCAACCAUGCUUUUCUAAUGACAAUCUCUUCAGCAAGAUUCUCAAUUGUGUAUCACUUGCAAAUCAGUUCAGCCGGAGGCAAGCUAUACCUGCGGGCUGCAGCACAUGCACAUGGUUCUUCCCGUGCGGAAAAAACCUAUCUUGCAUGUAGCUUUGCAGACCUACAUUCGUUGUACAGCGGAACCGUUAUGAUUAAUUAGAUUAUGACAAUUUGGUUUUGUGAGCUGUCUUAUUUUCUGUACUGGAAUAUUUAUCGAUAGAAUAUAGAUUAUGGUCAUUUAUCUACCUGAA